GCUAAUUGGAGAUCCUCUGGAUCCGUGAUGCCGCUUUUACUGUUUGAGCCAACGAGGCGCAGAGACCACGGACUGAGGGAAGAGCUAGCCCCAUCCGUACCGGAUGUUUUGCCUACGCAUUGGGAAUCAUUUGAGAAAUUUCUUUGCAGAGUUUUAUUCGAUCACAGGUCUCUUAGUCUUGGGGUUACAGCUCGGCCAGGUUCCACAUCCCGACAAGGCAAAAAAGAAAAAGUUACGGAGACCCGAACAAAAAGAAGUCCACCGGCUCUGGAUUGGGACUGUUGAUUGGGAUUAUGGCUUGCUUUUCACCCGCACGGUACGGCAUGUCUACCCCUGGUCCGCUGGUUGUGACUCGUCGCUUUCAAGGUCCCAGGCACUGAGAACCAGAAUGACGAUGCGCUGCCCGGAGGAAGAUUCCGUUGUCGCUCGCUGCAUAGCGAUAGGUUCGAAUUUCCCCGCACUGUAGAAAAUUCCGUCCUUUGCGGGGCAUCAUCACAUCAUCCGGCUGCAGUUGCCGGUCGGUCGGUGUAGCGAAGUCGUUGGCCGGUCGUGAUGGCAUGUUGCUUGGAAAGCAAUUACGAGGGCGUCGGA